AUGGCACAUCCUCGAGCUUGUCUCAACCUUCCUAUGCGGUCCCUCCUCUUCAACCGCGCGUGGAUCUGUUCUACAAGAUCCCCCUCCACAAUAUCUGCGACUAUACUCAGCCGAAGAUGGCAAAGCACGACACCCAGUAACGUGCGACCCGAUGACGAAACCUCCUCCCCCGACCAACCUUCGGAUCUGUCGUACUUGAACCCAGAUCCGGAGGACUAUUCGCGCUUUAUCUUCCAAGAUAAAUGUCACGUCACUGUACAUGCUGGUGCUGGUGGUAACGGAUGUGUCUCAUAUCUACGUGAGAAAUUCAUUGAAGAAGGGCCUCCAAACGGCGGUGAUGGUGGCAGCGGAGGUGGCAUCUACAUUCAAGCUGUCGAGGGCUUGACCAGUCUACAUAAACUCGCACGAAGGGGUAUAAUCAAGGCUAGCCGAGGGAGAAAUGGACAGGGCAAAAGCAAAGGUGGAAAGCGCGGCGACGAUGUGCUCCUUCAAGUUCCGGUCGGCACAGUGGUACGCGAAGUCGAGCGAUACGACCCCGUUGCAGAGGAGAUUGCUCGGAUGCGAAGAGCUAAGGUUGAACCUGUCGACGAGGAUGGGAUUGAAUUAUUUACUCCUGUUCGACACGACCGCUGGAUGCUUCAUCCCGGUGCCAACCCAUCAGAUUUCUUGACGGUCAAGUUCCCUCGACUCAAGCCGCGGAGACAGGCUAUCGCAGCGAUGGAGCCGAAAGCGCCCAUCUACCUUGACCUUGACCAGCCUAUGGAUAAGCCAAUGCUUCUAGCUGCGGGUGGUGCUGGUGGGUUGGGAAAUCCGCAUUUCGUCACACGCUCCAUGGGCCGACCCAAGUUCGCAUCUCGUGGCGAAGGAGGCAUGAAAUUGGAGCUCGAUUUUGAGCUCAAGCUGCUGGCAGAUGUUGGGCUAGUUGGUAAGCCCAAUGCUGGCAAGAGUACGCUUCUACGCUCCUUGACCAACAGUCGCACCCGCAUUGGAAACUGGGAAUUUACUACCCUGUCUCCUCAUAUCGGCACGGUGAUUGUUGAUCAUAACAGAGGCCGACCGCUAGUUGAGUCGCAGAGAAAGACUCGCCGGUCCCAUUUCACCAUUGCCGAUAUUCCUGGCUUGGUGGAGGACGCACAUCUUGACCGUGGUCUUGGGCUUGGGUUCCUGCGACACAUUGAUCGGGCGGGCAUCUUGGCCUUUGUGCUUGAUCUCAGUAAUGGGGAUCCCGUCGAAGAGCUACAGAAGCUGUGGCAUGAGCUCGGUGAAUAUGAGCGAUUGCGCAGUACCGAACCUGAACCUGCCGCCAAGGAGAAGCCCGGUGUGAUCGAUUGGGACCCAUCUGGAUCCGGGCUGCCAGACCUUGAUCGGCCGCGCAACCGAGCUAUUGAGAUCGAAACUCCCGAUAAUGAGGGUUCAGGCCAGGCUCUGAAUUAUAGAUCAUCCGGCUCCUUGCCUCCUCUCGCUAUGCCACCUCUUCAUACCAAGCCUUGGUUCGUCGUUGCUACCAAGGCCGACCUCGAGAACACCCAGGAACAGUACCAGGCUUUGCAGGAGUAUCUCUCUGCAGUGGAGAAGGGAACUGUUGAGCAUCCAUCUGGCCAUGCCGAUGGAUGGAAGGAGAAGGUGUCAGCUGUUCCAGUCAGCGCCAUCAAUGGUCAAGGAGUGUCUCGGAUCCCUAAAUUGGUGAUGCAAUAUUUGGCGUAA